CAGUCACGCUAUUCAGAAGGGUGUGACGCCGAUCAAAACGACACCCACUUCUUCUGCGUCUUCUCUCUCUCUCUCUCUCUUCAUCUCUGUCUCACGCCUUUCUCUCUCUAAAAAUCUCUUUUUUUCUUUACACAGAACAAUUAAAAAAAAAAUCCGAAAUUUUCAAUCUUUCGAUUUCAGAACAAUCCUUCACAACAUUUCUUCCUGUUUCAUCAUCCAAAUCAUAAGAAAGGACGCAUUUUUAUUUUUAAAAAUUGGGUUUUUUUUCUUCUUCUGGAUAUAGAGAGCGAGAGAAGUUAGGAACAGAUCUCUCUCUCUCUCUCUCUCUCUCUCUCUCUCUCUCUCUCUCUCUCUCUCACUUUCUCGUUCUGCUCUCUCAUUCGUGCCAAACGUCUCUCUUCUUCCAUUUUUUUUUUAAAGCUCAGCUUUCCUUGUUUGAUACGACUGGUUUGCGAUUUUCAGUUCUGGGUCAGAGACGACGGACGACUUCUCUUCGUCUUUGAGCAUCGGAAUUGGGGUCUAGGUUAGGGUUUGCUACCAAUUUGGGAUUUUGGAAAUGUUUUAGUUACUGAUACUCUAAUUUGGGUUCUGUGGAUUUUUUUUAGUUAAGAGAUUAUGAUUAUCAAACGGAAAUUUAAAACCCAGAUACCGAGUUUGAAACGGUGCAAACUCGGUAACUCGUCGAACGAGUCCAGGAAGAAGAGAAAGACCAACUUGGGAGGUGGAGGUGGUCACUACUACCCUCUCAAUCUUCUCGGAGAAAUCGCCGCCGGGAUUGUUCCUGGUGCAGUCUCUGCUUCAUGGUGCUCUGAAAUUAAACCUGUUGAGGUACAAGAAGAGUCGUCAAUGUCGACGAGAAGAAGAUCAGAAGAUUCCGGCUCUGUGAGGGAUCCUCCUCCGGCUGAAGUCUCUCGCCCACCGCUUGUUCGGACAUCUAGGGGAAGGAUUCAGGUGCUUCCUUCUCGAUUCAAUGAUUCGGUGCUCGAGAAUUGGAGAAAAGAUAGCAAAAGUGAUUGUGAUGAUUUGGAGGAAGACGUAGUAGAGUGCAGGAAUGAUAAAGUUAGUAGCUUUCGGGGUUCUAAAGUUGGUAAUUUGAAAAACAAGCAGCUUGAUAGGAGCCGUAAGUAUAACAGUGCAUUGUAUAAAGAAACAAUGUUUCACAAGGAACGUGGUGAGGCUCGUGUUGACAGACCGAGGGAAGAUGAUGACAAGAAGAUUAUGAAGAAAGAUGGUUCUUAUGGGCCAGAGAACUUUUAUUCAGGAGACUUAGUUUGGGCUAAAUCUGGGAAAAAGGAACCGUUUUGGCCGGCUAUUGUUAUUGAUCCAAUGACUCAAGCACCCGAGCUUGUUUUGCGUUCUUGUAUACCCGAUGCUGCCUGUGUUGUCUUCUUUGGUCACUCUGGGAACGAGAAUGAAAGGGACUAUGCAUGGGUGAGGAGAGGGAUGAUCUUCCCUUUUGUGGACUAUGUUGCCAGGUUCCAGGAACAGUCUGAACUGCAAGGGUGCAACCCUCGAAAUUUUCAGAUGGCACUGGAGGAAGCAUUUUUGGCAGAUCAGGGAUUCACGGAGAAGUUGAUGCAUGAUAUUCACUUGGCUGCUGGUAACCCUGCUUUUGACGAUUCUUUCUACGGAUGGAUUCAAGAGACCGCCGUCCCAAAUCAGGAUCUCGGUAAAAAUGCUCCAAGCCAGAGGCUGUUAAAAAAGUACGGAAAUCCACUGGAAUGUGUAGGAUGUGGAACGAUCAUUUCUUUUGAGAUGGCAAAAAAAAUUAAAUCUGGAGAUAAAUUGUUGUGUAAACCAUGUUCAAGGUUGAUAAAAUCAAAACACAUUUGUGGUAUAUGUAAGAAGAUAAGGAAUCAUUUGGACCGUCAAAUCUGGGUGCGCUGUGAUGGUUGUAAAGUCUGGGUACACGGAGAGUGUGACCAAAUAUCAGAUAAGCAUCUAAAGGAUUUGGGGGAAACAGAUUACUACUGUCGUACUUGCAGAGCUAAAUUUAACUUUGAACUAUCAGAUUCAGAAAAUCAAAACUCAAAGUCAAAACUUAGCAAAGGCGAUGGUCAGAUGGUUCUUCCUGACAAGGUUACUGUUGUAUGCGCUGGAGUAGAAGGAAUUUAUUUCCCGAGGCUCCAUUUAGUGGUGUGUAAGUGUGGCUCCUGUGGGCCUAAAAGGAAAGCACUUAGUGAAUGGGAAAGGCAUACCGGAUCAAAGUCAAAAAAUUGGAAGACCAGUGUGAAAGUCAAAAGCUCGAAGCUGUCACUAGAAGAAUGGAUGCUGAAUUUAGCAGAGUUACAUGCAAAUGCUACAGCAGCUAAAGUUCCUAAACGACCCUCCAUAAAGCAGAGAAAGCAGAGAUUACUUGCUUUUCUAGCAGAGACAUAUGAGCCGGUCAAUGCGAAGUGGACAACAGAACGAUGUGCAGUUUGCAGAUGGGUUGAAGAUUGGGACUACAACAAGAUUAUUAUCUGCAACAGAUGCCAAAUAGCAGUGCAUCAGGAAUGCUAUGGCGCUAGACAUGUUCGUGAUUUCACCUCAUGGGUCUGUAAAGCAUGCGAGAAACCAGAUAUUAAGCGGGAGUGCUGCCUCUGCCCUGUAAAAGGAGGUGCAUUGAAGCCAACUGAUGUGGAAACGUUGUGGGUUCAUGUGACGUGUGCUUGGUUUCAGCCUGAAGUAUGUUUUGCAAGUGAAGAAAAAAUGGAACCAGCUGUUGGGAUAUUGAGUAUUCCAUCAAGUAAUUUUGUGAAGAUAUGUGUAAUAUGCAAACAAAUACACGGCUCGUGUACUCAGUGUUGCAAGUGUUCCACAUAUUAUCACGCCAUGUGUGCCUCCCGAGCUGGUUAUAGAAUGGAGUUGCACUGCUUGGAGAAAAAUGGUCGGCAGAUAACAAAGAUGGUGUCCUAUUGUGCUUAUCACAGGUCUCCAAACCCAGAUAAUGGCUUAAUUAUACAAACUCCUUCACGGGUCUUCUCUGCAAAAAGUGUUGUCCAAAACAAGAAGAAAGGCGGUUCCCGGCUUAUUUCAGCAAUCAGAGAAGACGAUGAAGAGUCACCCACAGAGGAUACCGUUACAUGUGAUCCAUUUUCUGCUGCUCGUUGUCGAGUAUUUAAAAGAAAGACUAAUAGCAAGAAGAGGAGUGAAGAAGAAGCAAUCCCUCACCACACAAGGGGACCACACCACCAUCCAUCAGCAGCAAUCCAAACUCUAAAUACAUUGAGGCAUGUGCCGGAAGAACCCAAAUCGUUUUCUUCUUUCAGGGAACGACUUCACCACUUGCAGAGGACAGAAAUGGACCGUGUCUGCUUUGGGCGAUCUGGAAUACAUGGAUGGGGUCUAUUCGCAAGAAGAAAUAUCCAAGAAGGAGAAAUGGUUCUUGAGUACAGAGGGGAACAGGUGAGAGGUAGCAUUGCAGACUUGAGAGAAGCACGGUAUCGUAGAGUAGGGAAGGAUUGCUAUCUGUUCAAGAUCAGUGAGGAAGUAGUGGUUGAUGCUACAGAUAAAGGGAACAUAGCUCGGCUCAUCAACCAUUCGUGUACGCCAAAUUGCUAUGCAAGGAUCAUGAGCGUAGGAGAUGAGGAAAGCAGAAUUGUCCUCAUCGCCAAGACCAAUGUAGCUGUGGAAAAGGAGUUAACGUAUGAUUACUUAUUUGAUCCAGACGAGCCAGAUGAAUUCAAGGUGCGAUGCUUAUGUAAAGCCCCCAACUGCAGGAAGUUCAUGAACUAACACCAUGAAGAAGACGCAAAAGCAAGGUUCUCUUUUUUUUUCUAUAUAUAUGUUUUGCUCUUUAAACACUAGAUUUAUAGGUGAUAGAAAGAUCAAAAAGUGAUUUUAGCUCUUAUUCUAUUCUGCGCCUCUGUAUAGACAACAACUCAUUCGUUUCACCAUUUCCUGGAAAAGUCCAAUUUCAUUCAUUCA